GGCCGCGUCCAGCUGUGAGCAGCUGGAGGCCGCGCUCCGGCAGAUGAGUGAGUGAGCGUCCGGGUACUGCGGGCGCGGGCUGCAGCCUCUGACCCUCGCCCUCUGGGCUGCACCCUGAGCUGCCACCCUCCCUCUCUCGUCGGUCCCGGUGCCGCUAGCUGACUCGCACUCCAGGAGUGUGCGAUCCACAGAGGCCACGCGGGUCGCAGAACUUGGGAUAGGGUCUGACACUGGGACUCCGCUAGAGUCCACAGUCACUUUAGUCCUGGGGGACCCUCAGUAUCUCUCUCCGGGAGGGCAGCCGGUCCUCACACCCUGCAUACAGAAUGGACCUCCCCGAAGUCGCCUUUCACUCCCUUGGGAUUCUUGAUUUAAAUUUGGAACAAGGCUUGGAUCGCUAGAAGUCUUUUCCCAUCCUGCUCUGGAUCUGGUACGACAGGUUGGUCUCUUCACCAUGAUUCCCUGCGGAGCGGUGCUGACUUUUGCGCGAUGUUUGAUCCGGAGAAAAAUCGUCACACUGGACAGUCUGGAAGAUUCCAAGCUCUGCCGCUGCUUAACUACCAUGGACCUCAUCGCCCUGGGAGUUGGAAGCACUCUUGGCGCUGGGGUUUAUGUCUUGGCUGGGGAAGUCGCCAAAGCAGAUUCUGGCCCCAGUAUCGUGGUGUCCUUCCUCAUCGCUGCCCUGGCCUCGGUGAUGGCCGGCCUUUGCUAUGCUGAAUUUGGGGCCCGGGUUCCCAAAACUGGAUCUGCUUAUCUGUACACUUACGUAACGGUUGGAGAACUGUGGGCCUUCAUCACUGGCUGGAAUCUCAUUCUGUCAUAUGUCAUAGGUACAUCCAGUGUUGCAAGAGCAUGGAGUGGCACCUUCGAUGAGCUUCUUAACAAACAGAUUGGUCAGUUUUUCAAGACAUACUUCAAAAUGAAUUACACCGGGCUGGCCGAGUAUCCAGACUUUUUUGCUGUGUGCCUUAUAUUACUUCUGGCAGGUCUGCUGUCUUUUGGAGUAAAGGAGUCUGCUUGGGUGAAUAAAUUCUUCACGGCUAUUAAUAUCCUGGUCCUCCUCUUUGUAAUGGUGGCCGGGUUUGUGAAAGGAAAUGUGGCUAACUGGAAGAUCAGUGAAGACUUUCUCAAAAAUAUAUCAGCCAGUGCCAGAGAACCACCUUCUGAAAAUGGAACAAGCAUCUAUGGGGCUGGUGGCUUUAUGCCCUAUGGCUUCACGGGAACCUUGGCUGGUGCUGCGACCUGCUUUUAUGCCUUUGUGGGCUUUGACUGCAUUGCAACGACUGGUGAAGAGGUCCGGAACCCCCAAAAAGCUAUCCCCAUUGGAAUAGUGACUUCCCUACUGGUUUGCUUUAUGGCUUAUUUUGGGGUUUCUGCAGCUUUAACGCUUAUGAUGCCUUACUACCUCCUGGAUGAGAAAAGCCCACUCCCUGUAGCGUUUGAAUACGUUGGAUGGGGUCCUGCCAAAUAUGUUGUUGCAGCAGGAUCCCUCUGCGCCUUGUCAACAAGUCUUCUUGGAUCCAUUUUCCCAAUGCCUCGUGUAAUCUAUGCUAUGGCGGAGGAUGGGUUGCUUUUCAAAUGUCUAGCUCAAAUCAAUUCCAAAACGAAGACACCAAUAAUUGCUACUUUGUCAUCGGGUGCUGUGGCAGCUGUGAUGGCUUUCCUUUUUGACCUGAAGGCUCUUGUGGACAUGAUGUCCAUUGGCACCCUCAUGGCCUACUCUCUGGUCGCAGCCUGUGUGCUCAUCCUCAGGUACCAACCUGGCUUGUGUUAUGAGCAGCCCAAAUACACCCCUGAGAAGGAAAUUCUGGACUCAUGUACCAGUGCGACUUCGAAAAGCGAGUCCCAGGUCACCAUGCUGCAAGGACAGGGCUUCAGCCUCCAGACCCUCUUCAACCCCUCUGCUCUGCCCACACGACAGUCGGCUUCCCUCGUGAGCUUUCUCGUGGGAUUCCUGGCCUUUCUCAUCUUGGGCAUGAGCAUCCUAACCACGUAUGGCGUCCAGGCCAUUGCCAGACUGGAAGCCUGGAGUCUGGCUCUCCUCGCCCUGUUUCUUGUCCUCUUCGCUGCCAUCAUUCUGACCAUUUGGAGGCAGCCACAGAAUCAGCAAAAAGUGGCCUUCAUGGUCCCGUUCUUACCCUUUCUGCCAGCCUUCAGCAUCCUGGUCAACAUUUACUUGAUGGUCCAGUUAAGUGCAGACACUUGGGUCAGAUUCAGCAUCUGGAUGGCGCUUGGCUUUCUGAUUUACUUCGCUUAUGGCAUUAGACACAGCUUGGAGGGUAACCCCAGGGAUGAAGAAGAUGAUGAAGAUGUCUAUGUAGACAACAUCAAUGCAGCAACAGAAGAGAAAGCUGCCAUGCAAGCAAACGACCAUCACCAAAGAAGCUUCAGUUUACCUUUCAUAUUCCACGAAAAGACAAGCGAAUGCUGAUGCUGACCACGGUCUGACCACACAUCACUUACAAGGAGUAAACUAUGGCAGGCCGUCACCAUCAUGCUGGGAUGUCAUGGGUUUGUUGCAGACAUGGUUCACCUAGCUUAUAAUUCCUCCUCCAGAUAGCCUCUCUUCAGAUGGUGAACUAUGUGUCUGGGGAAAGUGCCUGAGCACACUCCUCAUCAACAAGUACCCCAAAGUAAUGUAUGUUUGGGAAUGUGAGUGUUACAUGCUGUUGGUUUUUAUUACUGUGUGACAUUAUCCCAGCAUUGUAACGGGUGGCAUAUACUGCACAUACUAGUGUAGAGUGUAUUGCUGAAUAGAGGUGUAUUCUGUAUAUACCUAGGAGGUUAGGGAAAUAGUAAUGGUUUUCUCCUUGUUAGGCCUAUGGUUAUCAAUUUGGACUUGCCGAAAAUGCAGCCACGUGUCAUGAUGUUUAACAGUGGUCAGGGUCAAGGAGGAAAUAAGGAACGAGCGUUUUCUGUACAUUACAAUGCCCUGGUAGAGUUAUCACACACUUUCUUCUCCUACUUGCUAGAACAGUUUACUAAAACUUCAGCCAGGGGGGAAUAUUUGUUUCUUCUGUACGACAGGAUAGAGAAAGAAUCUGUGACACUAGAUGGCCACUCUUGUUUUCGAGAGCCUUGGUCCUUAAAUAUAACACUUCCACCUGCUGUAAGUGAUAUGCUCUCCCAACCCCAACCCCAUCAAGGACUCAGGAGGGCAAUUAGGGCCUACUCGGGACACUUUAAGCCAGAGAAUGAAUGUGGUCCCAUCCCACGGCUCAAGAACCAGAGAGCCAUAGACAAAGGUUCAGACAUGCUUUCUGUUUCUAAAAGUGAGUGAAGACAUGUCACACAUUUGGUAAAAUGGUUCAGGCUGUUUUCUGUUACUUAAUACCUAAUCACAGCUCAUCAUCUGUCACCUCAUCAAUCACAUAACUCACUCUUUUGCUCCUGAUAUUUUCUCGGGUCUAGAUGGAAAUGGACGUGAUAACAAAUUCUAUCUUUACAGUGUGCAAAAAAAGGAAAAGAUGAAAGAGUGUAGGAAAAUACCACUAGUCUAGUCUCACGGGGCAUUUGGGCUCUGAUGUUUCUUAUAGAAAUAUUUAGAGAUUCCUGCCCCCCCAGUUCCAUCAUUUAUCACUUUCUAUUUCAUUUGCCUUUAAAUGGCCACAUUAAGCCUAUUAACACAAGCUAUGAUAUUACACAGUUAACUCAUCAGUUACUUUCAGAACACAAUUAUUUAAAACUUUGAGUUCAAUAACCAAAUUGAGUUAAAAACACAGUGAUCUUUGUAUGUGAUUAAAUAAAUUUUUAUAUGUAAGAUUCUGUGAUUGCUACAUUUUACUUUAUAGGGUUCUCUGAUAGUAGAUUAUAAAUCUCCAAUCAGUCUUAUUCCUCAUGAGUUACUUUUGUAAAAGUAAUUAAUUGGUUUAUUAGGUAAAUCUAGAGACUGAACAUUUAACAUAGACAUGGCACUCCCAGGAGGCCAUUUGUUACCAAGAAUACUAAUUGCCCUGCAUAAUCCAAAGGCAAGGAAAACAGCUGCUUUCUCAUAAUUCUUCUAAGAGAUCAUUUAUUUUACUGAUCCUGUUUAAAAGCAAGUUGCAACCCUUUGUGUGGAAGUAGGAACUUAUUGUAAUUAACUAUCAAAUGAGCAGGCAAAGGUUCUGGGUUCCCAGCUACUGGGGAUGCCUCCCUAACCCAGGGCUUAGUACUGACAUUCCAAAGGUUCCAGGGUACACCCGGUAAAAUCUGAAGCCCAGACACUCUUUCAGACUGCUUGCUUUACUACAGGAGAAAAGUUGGCAAAGGGUAAAAUAGUUUGUGAAGGACUAGGCAUGAUCAGGAAUGCUUGCUGUCAUUAAUGACUACCCAGAGAGGGAGAAUCAGGGAUGAGCCCCUUGAUCGGUUAAAUAAUCCCAAGAGGUCAGCUUUAAACACUUGUAUAUACAAGCAAUACUAAAUGGACUCGGCAGACUGUGUACACACACUCAUGUGUGUGUAUGUGAAAAUAAUAAAGAGGUCAUAGAUUUGAUAGGGAGUGGGGGGAACUGGAGAGGGACAAGGAGGGUAGAAAUUAUCAGAACGAUAGACUCAUGUAAAAGAUGCUCAGAAGAAUUUUUAAUUUAAAGUGUAAAAAAGUCCUUACUGUUACAGCAGUGUCCUUCACACAGGAAAUGUGAACAACUUCAUACAUGAAUCUCGGAAUUUCCUACUGUAACAAAACCAGAUUUGCUUGGACCGUGACAGGCAACUAGGAGUGUUUUGGUGACUGUGUUCAGUUAGGAGCAGAAAUGUUCACGUCUAAACAUGGGGAAACACAGAUGCCUGUGAACAUGUUUUGUCAGAGACCAUGCUUUUCUUUUCUGUGAAGACCCAAAUGGACAAGCAUGUCUGUAUGUGUAUAAUGUUUAUAAACACAUUGGCAUAUGUAUGUAUGAUAUAUAUUUGUGUGUGUGUUUGUGGAGGGUGUUCGGUUAUCAUUGUGUAAGUAAGUUGGGUUUUUGAUGAACUUUGGAUGUGAUAUUGUCACAUAGAUUAAGAACACAAUUUUGGUGUGGAGAGAGAUUAAUGUUUUAUAUUGAUAGAUAUUUCAGAUUUUAAGCUAUUUUAAAAGAUACAAUUUUAUAUGUAUGUUUUCUAUAGAGAGAUUCUUUAAGACAUAUUUAUCAUGUUUCUAAUAUGAAAUCACUGAACUGUAGUAUAUUACGACAGGUGCUUUGGGAUCUGAAUGGAGUAGGAGUAGGAACCUUGGGAUGUUCUUGUUUAAUUGUUUCUGUAUUUACUGUUUCUGUAUGUGCUUGCCAGCAAACGCCAGUACUACCAGCCCUUUGCCAAGCCUCUGUCCUCCUAAACUUUGAGUUCAUGAUACUUUGAACAAACGUCUUAUUCUGGCUUAUAGGAACACCAAAAUAUUUUAUAUAGAUUUGACUAGUGAGCAGAUGAUCCAGAAUGUCACAUGUGGACACCUUUUAUUCAUCAUGGCGAGCAAAAGUAGUUUGUAGCGCUUUAUUUUCUCUUACACGAAGAACCGUGUUGCUGGUAUUCUCAGUGAGAUUCUCUCAUCACGGCACCUUAACUUCUUACUCUUUGCAAAGGAGGGUGAUCUGGGAAUUAGCACAUAAAGAUCACGCCAACCACAUUCUUCAAAGGGCAGUUAUGAAAGCUCAAGUUUAAGAACUCCUGAGAAAAACUUAACUAGAAACUGUGAGACCUGCUAAGCAAAAUAUUAUAUAUACAUACAUAUAUAUCAACAUUAAUAUGUAACGUCAACAUUGAAACUACUGUUGGUAUGUUAACUUUAGUAGUACCAACUGUAACUGAUUCAAAAAGACCAGCUUCUGAAUCAUCUUCCUAAGGAAUAAAAAGUUAGACAAUUUUAAUUUUUAUAAAGUAUUUCUUUUAGCCAGUUUUUCCCAAGCCCUGAAAGUUUGCAGGUAGUUACUUAAAAUGUUUUCUAAUAAAACACUGUGGUUUAAGACUGUUACCAAAUAAUUUUCUAAGUUUGUCUGAACAUUUAUCACAGGUGAAGAAAAGUAGUUGUCCUAUAGUGCUAAGGAUUCAGAAGAAUUCGGGCACCUUAUCUUCUCCCUUCUUUAUCAGGAGUGUGAGAGGUGUGUGUGUGUGUGUGUGUGUGUGUGUGUGUGUGUGUGUGUGUGUGUGUGUGUGUGUGUGGUGGCGGCUGUGUAAAACAGAAAAUUGGAGUGUAUCCCAAAUCUGCCACCCAGAUGAUGAAGUUGCACUAAAAUCCCAGCUCUUGCUUCUUUGCAACACACCUAGGGGAUUUCUCCAGAUACACUUCAAGUGAUAGUCCCCAAACUACAAUUUCAUCAGCACUUUAAAAGAUUGGGUUUAGAGCAUUAUUCAUGAAUGAUUCACAUCCACGUAGUGUGUAGGGGUUGGUGACAUGAGUGACGCUAACUGUUCUUUUUGCUAGUGCCAAAAUAGUGCCUUCUCUGUACAUUUUCUAUUUUUACAUAUCAAGGAAUAAUACUGAAAUUCAUGUAGUAAAUAAUGCCAUCGAAGGUCAUCUUAGCUGUAGAUGUGAAGAUAAAAUUGCUAGACUUUACUGUUUAACUGAUGUUCCCCUCCCCUUAUGUACUUAUAUUUAAAGAAUUUAAAAUAGCUUUUUGGGUUUUGAGAGGUCUGAUACUACUGUUGUAUUGCUGGUCUAGGUGUUGGCUUUUAUAGUAUUCAUGAUUGUUUAUAUUUACACAGAUUUGGUCUUAUUAGUUUCAGAUGUAUUCUGUUAUGGCAUAACCCAAUUUUAACACUACUGGCUAGGAGUUCUAUACUUGUCUGUUCUUAACCAUGGCCAUAGUCACUGCCCCGAUCUCUGGACUCUAAGCAGCCUUUCUGACCACUGAAAGCCCCAUAGAGAUUCCAGCUAGGAUCCCAGUGUGAUGCCACAUUCGGGCACCCUGCUGUAUGUGGGUAUCUGUUCCUACACCCUGGCGGUGUCUAGCAUAGUGAAGUAUAAGCUUCUAAAGAAUAAAGCUCACCUGGCAUCUUUAACUUCAGUUCCAAAUCUCUCAUCAGUGUGUUAAGGUGAAUAAGGACCAAGGAAUAUCUGUGACCGCUGGAGGGGGUGACUGUGUCUUGGAACUGGCAUGGUAUGGCCUGACCCUGCUGUGUCUCCUGCAGGUACACAACCUCGAGAUGAGAAAUGCAUGGCCCAGACCCUGUUAGUAGAAAGCCUUGUACUGCCAGCAGGGUAGCCUUCUGUACGCACACCUCAUUGAUGGGCCCCUCGUUUUUCAUGUCCACCAGCAGUGCCAAUCAUUUUAUUGCUUUAUCUUGUAAUCAUUAUAUUUAAUAGCGGUUGCGCACGGAGGCCUAAAACAACCCAGAACUUCUAUGUCUACAAAAUCCUACAAGUCCCCUGUUGUAAGUACUUGUGCAAAUGUAAAGACUUUUUGUUCAGUAGACAAUUUUGAUGUUUUUAAUUAUAAUUGCUGUUCCUUUUUACAUAUAAAGUCGGACUCUUUUUUUUUAGAAUUUGUAACAAAAACUAUUGCUGCUUUAACUGUUAUGUUAUGCUUUAUAAUGUAACCAUGUGUUUUUAAAUAAACUUUACUAUGACUUAUAA